AUGACAACGGCUCGGCGCCGCCGCGGCCGCUCUAUCAGGCCCCCUUCGGCAUUGCAGUCCCUGAACGUGCCUGCGAAGGGACGUCUUCGCAGAGGUUCCGCGGAGCUUCUGCUUGCUUUUCCUCGCUUCCUUUCCUUCUUCCUAUGGUCCUGAGAAAGGCGGAGGCGGAGGCCCUGGCUAGGUGGAGGUCAGUCCAACUAUGCUCUCCAAGUCAGGCGCCCAUGAGGACGCUCUGGAAGAGGGGGAGGACCUUGGUUGUGGGCGGAAGAGGAAGUCCAUGAAGUAAGGGGGCGCCGUUGAGCUGCCGGGGAUUUAGACCCCGCGGCCCUCUCGAGGUGCGGGAAGAGCUGGCCCUCCCGCCCUCGUAUCUUCAGCCCGGGAGGCAGCAUAUUCCGAGGGGAUACUCUUGACUGGGUGCUUGCGGGAAGCGGGCGGGGGAGCUCAGUGGCCCUGCGAACCGCCAGCCUUCGGGUCGUGGGAAUGGUCGCCUAGCAGCGUCGCCUAGUGACAUUUAGACCAAGCGAAAGGGCUGCUUCCUGGGGCACCGCUAGAUCUUCUCCUCUCCGGGGGAGCCUGGGGUGGUUUCUGCUUCAGAAAGUUGCACUCGCCGUCACUAGUUUUCGGAUUGCUUCCCCUCUCUCCCUUGGUGUCCCCAAAUGCUUCAGAUAGGUAUUCCUCGGAAGGUUGAAUGUUGCUGCCUCGUGCGAGUUUGCAAAAUAAUUUAAUUUGCUUAAAAGAGUCCAAACUGUUGACAGAAGCGUCUUUAAUACGACAAGUAGAAGGGUCGUCUUCUUUUUUUAUAUGGUUCCUACUUUAUGUGGAGAAAAAAAAAGAUUAUUUCACAGGGGCUUAUUUCCUUGUAAGUCUGUUGACGGCUCGGGCAGGCUUCUUGGCUGUGAAGCUCAAAGCUCCCAAGAGAACAUAGUUGGCAAAAACAGAAGCACUCUUGUAUGGAUGAUAUAAAUAUAUAGCGGGCAUGAGAUUGGAAACACAUUACUUUUAUUAUUUAUUUAACAGAAUUUAUAUACUGAUUAAUCAUCCAAAACCCCUAAGUGGUUACAAUCAAGUGGUAUAUAAAUUUUGUGAAAUAAAUGAUAAAUGAUAAAAAUAUUCAUAAAAGUAUUGAUAAAAUUGAACGUUAAGAGCAAAUAUAAGUAAAACCAGCAGUUGUUAACAAUGUACAUAAUUAAAUAAAGUAUGGGUAAGCUUGCCUAAAAAACAAAAUCUAGCAGGUGCCAAAAACAAUACAGUGAAGGUGCCUGCCUAAUAUCAGUGGGGAGGGAGUUCCAUAGAAUAAGUGCUGCCACACUGGAGUAUUGGUUUCUUGCAAGUGGCACUUAUAAAAGUGCCAGUUCAUACAUAAUAAUACAUACAAAGUAACAUACAUAUGAUUUGUUCGGCCACAUUAAGGCUUUAUAAAUCCAUAUACAUGGUAGAAUACUGUCAGCAUGGACAGUAUCUCUGUCAAGGCAUCUUCAAAGAACAUUCACAACGGUGGAUGGAAAAGGCUGUAGGGUGGAGUAGUUAUGUCCCUGGUUUUCUUCCAAAGAGGGAAAGAAAGGGGAAUACACAGAUCUCCCCACAGGCUGUACACUUGUGAUCUCUGAUUCUGUGAAAAGAUGGCUUAGGUGCCACAGUGCCAUCAACUUCAUAUGCCUGCGACAUGAAUAGAGUGUUGACAUGAAUAAAGUGUUGAUUCUCCUUGGUUAUCUUCCCACAGUGCCGAUUUCCACUUCCAAGCAGGAGUCAUUUCCCCACCCACCUGCCACAUUAUCUUUUCUUGUCUGAGGAUAUGGAUGGGAGUGCAUUGCUCACCACGAACACUUACUACACAAUAAAAUUUUAACUAGAACAAUGCAGUGUAAGCUAGAUAAGUUAAAUACAGACAUCUAACUUUCCAAGCUUGGUUGCAGAGGUUGUGUUUUUUUUAAUAAUUAUGAUCAGAGUAUUCACAUGACUGAGUUAAGUGAUUCUAAGUUACACUUUUGUUAAUUUUGUUACAGACACUGGGUUUCAGAGACAUAUGAGCAGGGAUAACAUUGAUUUAAACAUGCCCUUCAGAUAGCUAAUUGUAGGGCCCAUCUGGACAUGGCAGUGUAUAUCUUAUAUUCCUUCAUUGUUGUAAAGCUUUACAUUAUCUCAGGCUUUCAGUGUAAUUGGGGCACAAAUAUUCAUAGUUUGAGCCAAAGCAUGCUGUGAUACAAUCCUGAGAAGGUCUGGAAAAAUGCACAUACCCUAAAAGCAAUAAUGUUUCACUUUGCUUAUUAUUUUCUUUCUUGGGAAUUUCCAUUUAAAGACUUAUCUUAGAGCAGGGGUAGUCAACCUUUUUAUACCUACCACCUACUAAUGCAUCUUUCUUGAUGGUAAAAUUUCCUUACCGCCCACCAGUGCUUGAAGGAAGGAGGAUUCAGCUUGUGCCGUAGAACCCCCUACUGCCCACCUAGAAUCCAGAAAUGCCCACUAGUGGGCAGUAGGGACCAAGUUGACAACCCCUGUCUUAGAGUGAAUUAAUUGUUACUGUUACUUCCACACAGUUUUGUCACAAAUCAAGUUCUACGCCAUGGACAAAAGCUCCUAUUCUUUAAUGUGAUUUGUUUUUCCUUGCAGUUUUAUUCUGAGAUGUUUCAGCAGGAAAAGAAUGUGCUUCUUCAGAUGAAUAUCCACUCAUUUUGGAUCAUUUUUUGUGUGUGCAUACCAAAAUGCUUGUGUAAGUUGAAAUCCAUUUUAGUUUCCCGAAGCUAGUUGGUGAACAAACAUUGUACAUUAUUCUUUUUCUUGGAUUCCAUAUGUGUUGCAGAGUGCUUAACUGUCCUUUAUUGAUACUGUGUUUGCAUUUUUAAUAUAUGUAUGCAAAUCCACUUCAUUGCCUUAUUGACUAUAUUCUAACACAUUCAAUAAGCUUAUGUUAUGUCUUUUUCCUUUAUGUAAAAUCAUUUUACAUUGUUGAGCAGUCCACUGAGUCCACAGGAGUAACUCAGGACCAUUGUGAGUGGUUAGAUGGCAAUAUUUAAACUGCCUAAUUAGAAACAAGUGUUUUAAUAUCUACGCCUAGCACAUCCCUUCUGCUGCAUUUGAAUGUCUUCCUCCACCCUGAGGAGAAAUCAGCAGUCAUUGAUUUAUGCAUUGCUUCUCUACCCAGGGAAACACAAUGAUGAUUUCUGAUUGUUGCUAGCUUCUUUCCCUCUCUCUGACAUAGAAGGAACACUGUCAGAAACAGUGGCGUAUUCUGGUUGUUGGAAGGCUCAGUUUUUCGUGGUGGGAGGCUCACUGCAAACAUAGAUCUUUUGUUUUUCUUUAGCUGUAAGCUGUGCCUUCUAGAAUUGGUGGUAGGGAGGUGGAAGGGCUAGUGUGGUUGCCACUGGGUUAUUUAGGCUAUUAGUCAGCAACUAAUUGCAAAACUGGAUUAAAAGUCUGUUGUCUGCCAUGGCUUCAAAAGAGAAUAAUCUUUUUAUUGAUCAAAAUUACUUCAGUUCCUCUGUCCUGUAAAAGGCGUUCCUAAAGAACAGAAGAACAAACUCUGACUGUGUUGAAAUGGUGUUUUAGAUUGCUUUAAAAUAUAUCAGUUUCUCAUGUAUUUUCUGUUUUUAUAGAUGCACAGAACAUGUGUCCUGAGGUCAGGCAACAGCUUUUGAAAGAUGGCUUUCACAGGUGGGUUUAUGACCAACAAAUAUUGGUUAGUGGUUCUGUUAUUAGUGUCUUAAUAAGACCUGAAUUCUUUUGCAUCUGCUUUACCAUGGCAGUAUGUACGUAGUCAAGUGAACUGAUAUGUUAAACUAAAUGUACUAGUGGCAUGUUUAUGGAUGCUGUGGGAUGCUGGUACUGUAUUGAACAAUUGUUAAUAAAAGUUGCAGUCUAUCUUAAGUCACAUGGAUUCAUAGACAACUCGGACCAAUACCUAGUUGUAUUGAAUCUUAGUCCAAUUAAAGCAAUGUAGAGCCAAUUAGAUUGAGACUUCUCAGCUUCAACUGUCCAUUAAUACAAAGAUGAAGAAGUUAUAUGUUGUGAGUUUCUUCUGAGUUUCAGUGGGGGUUAUUACCAUUUAUUUAUUGCCACAUACCAGAAAAUGGUCUCAGAGCAGAAAUAUGGAAAAAGACACACAGCUAUAAUUAAAACACUAGUUAGUUAGUUAGUUAGUUAGUUAGUUGCUUUAACUUGCCCAGGGCAACACAAAGCAACUUACAACCAACAAUUAACACACAUAAAAUUGAAUGUUAGUGAUAAAUCUCUCAGAAACAUUCUCAGUUUCCCCAGACCCAAGUAUGUGGGGCCCUGUAGCCAUAGGAAAAAAACCUGCAGAUUAAAAAAUAUAGUAACACAGUCUUUUAAAAGCACUUUAUAUACAAGUGAGAUUGGUAUGUUUUGAUGGCAUUCUGUUGUAAAAGCUUCUUGUUUUAAAUGUUAGAAAUCUGCUGAUUCGGGUAAAUAUCAGUACAGCUGACAAAAGCCUCAGAAGCUGCAUGGUGGCAACUAAGGUACACUUACCAAAAGGACUAUAUGUGGAUCCCUAUGAAUUGACAUCUUUACAAAAGCACAAUCUCACUGAGGUAAGGUUUUCAGGAUGACUUUUGUGGGCAGGGAAAGCUAAUAGGGCCCGAAAUAGCUAGAUGUGCAUAAAGUUAGGCUUCUAAUGGCAUACAAGCACCUGUCCCUUCUUGGAAGCCAACAGUUAUGAGCCUAACUGCUCUAUCUGUGGCAGAGCAAUACUAUACAUACCUCCUCUUAAGUUAGCCCCACUGAACUCAGUGGGACUUGCUCCCAGAUAAGUGUGUAUAGGAUUGUCAGGGAUGAUGGGAGUUGUAGUGCAACAACUUCUAGAGGGCACCAGGUUAGCUACUUAUGGCAUAAAGGCUUGAUAAUCAAAGACAGACCAAAUCAUACUGGCCUUACAUAGCUUUUUGGAUCCUUGUAACUGUUAUUGUAAGUGCUAGCUGUAAUGUUACAUUCCUGUGUUCAUGUUUUAAAGGUACAAGUAGGCACUCAAUUAAGAAACCAUUGGAGAUGAGAUUUUAUCACAUAAGGGGCUAGACAAAAGUCUAUUUUGGGUAUUUGCCAAAAACAAUAUAGUGUCUCCCCUGUUUCUUUCUGAAGUUGUCUUUAUUACUCACGUUGUUUUUAACUUCCAUUUUACUUUACUGACACCCCUGACAAUUUUCGCUUGCAUUGUUAACUUGUUGUUAAGAACAUUAUUUCGCAAUACAAGCAUCCCCCCUUCACUUACACACAAUCGACUCACGUGCAACUGCAUAUAUGUGCAGUGCCAGGAAACGAACAGACAGACAGACAGACAGACAAACAAACUCUCACCUGAAAUGGUGGGAGAGAGUUGGAAAGUCCUUGUGGCUCACAAGGAGACCUUUCCCAGAGCCCAAAGAGGACGACAGUGAGCCAGAAGUCCAGAAAAAAGCCUCCAAAGGCCCAAAAAUGGCAUACGGGAGCUCCCCCUUCUGCCUCUCUACCCCACUCAACAGCUGUUGGGCAGGAAGCUAUAGAUACUGCAUUGGGCUCCCCAGUUACAAACAUUUCACAGAAUGUAACUCCCAAAUAAGUGGGGAGUCACCUGUACUGCAUUACUAACAGACAAGUACUGUACAUGAAUAAGUCACUGCUACCAGCCUUGGGGCUUCUCUGCAAGAUAGCUGUGGUGCUACUGCCUGUAAUGGAAUUAUAGUCUGAAAUAAUGCCCUGCUUUUAAUUAUGUUGUUAUACUUUUUCUACAGGCAUUGAUGAUGGCAGAUAACAUAGAUUUGGAAGCUCCCGAGUACUUAGCUGCUGACGUUUCUGUCCUCGUUUAUAUGAGACCUGACCCUGAAUGCUUUUCCUGUUUUAGAGCAUUAUUACCUCUGCACUGCCGGUAUCAUAAGCCAGCAGAGAAUGAUGGGAAAAUCUCUACUGUACUGAAGAGUCCAGAUGUAUUGAUGCAUUGCCAAAAAUGUAAGCGAGACUGACUUUUCUUCUUUGGGGAAUGAGAAUGGGAACAAUUGGAAGAAGAAUAAAAGCAGGGCAAUAUAGAAUCAUUAAAAAUUUGCGGAUAAAAUGUUAUAUUUUUGUAGAAGCAUUAAGGACAUGUGUGAAGAUAGAUACAGAAUUGAGAGACAUACUUCAUAAAAAAUAUGAGUGAUCUCUUUCCUGAAUAUUAAGUUUAUGUGCUGUUUCUCCCCUCUCUUUUAGUCUUCCUUUCACUGGAAUGUUUGAAAGAAACUGAAAUAGAAGCUCCAUGUUCUCAGAAGAAUAUACACACAUGCCAUUGGGAUAGCAUGAAGUUCAAAGAUGUGUGUUCAUACUUCUUACAUCUCUUAGUUUUUCUAGAAAUAGAUCUGUCUGUAACAAUUUUGAUUCAUCUGUUUUAAUUUUUUGUCACUGCUUGGUCCUGGUAAAUAGGCUCCACUGGGAUUUUAAUAGCCUAAAUGUUCAUAGGAUCGUAGCUCCUGUUUCCAGAUGAGAAGGCUGUUUGGCUGGAAAUGCUAAUCUUCAAUUUUUUCACCACAUUGCUUAUGGAAAAAUGAUUGAGGGCUACAAUCCUUUCCCUGCACAUGGGAUGAAACUCCACUGGACUUCCUGGAACUUGAUCCUGAAUAGUCAUGUGUAGGAUUGCGCUGUAAAGUUGGUUGGUGCAAGGCAACUUUUAAGAUGCUGAAACAGACUGCUAGGCUAAGAAGCUGCUUGCUUGCAAGUCACCUGACCAGAAAGCAGCCAGUAUAGGCUGUAGGUAGAUAAGGGUGGGACUGAUAAGAAGAGGGAACUUCCACACUGUUCCUGGUGGCUAAUAAACCUCAGAGGGAAUCAUGGGAAGGGGAAAGAGGCAGAGAUUUUCUUUUGUGGAAAUGAGUGGUAGGUUGGAUUAUCUAUUCUUCCCUAUGAUGUGAGCAGUUCUUCUCUGGUCUGACAAGGAAGACCAAGAAGGUUAUGUUCCCUGCUUCUGAAGGAAGCAGGGAGCAGCUGCCCCAGGCUCUGAAAGGUAUGGGACGGCUGGAUUGCAAUACAUUUUUAAUUAAAGAAUAUAGGAAGAGAAAUGAUUACAGUUAAAUUGUGAAUAUACAUAUUGAAUGAAGGUGGCCCUAUUUGACUUCUAAUGUGCAAAUCUUCUUUUGUAGGUAACCGAAGAACUGAAACUGCAGAUACCAGUUGGGCUCAAACACCAUCUUAUGUUGGUAUGCACAGUGACUCUUGCUACCACAAUAUUGUGUUCCAGUCUUAUCCUUUCAGCUUUAUUCAAGCAUGGAUGCUUCUCCUUUGUUCAGAGCUCACAGUAA